AUGGUGUUUCGAUCAGCUACCGCCACCUUGGGUGGCUUUGAAACCUACCAGUGGCAAGGGACGAGUUGGUCCCUAGUACCGACCGCAAACAUCACAAACCCACCGGGAGUUUCGACGUUCAGAUUUGCAGUCGAUGGGCAACGCCUCGUGUUGACCACCGCGAUUAUCAACGCCGGGAUAGUCCCCGUUGUGUACGUGUACGAGUGGACGGGCAGCACGUGGAAUGGGCCGUCAGCCAAUUUCACUCCGCAAAAUGCCGCGAUCAUCCAGAACGUCGCCGUGGAGGGCAAUUACAUUCUGACGGUCUUGUUUACGACUGAUGGAACAGGGACUUUGCUGGCAUAUGUUCACGAGUACAACGCCGGCUCAUGGGAGGAGGUCUAUAGCCAAGUGCUCGGCGAUCCGAACGCAACCAUCAACGACAUCCAGGAUGCAGAUAUCUCCAGCACUGGCAAGGCGGUAACGGUUGUUAUUGCCGGGGUGCAGCUGGUCCCAGAGCAAGCCUUCUUGAUCUCCGAGGCCACCAACGAUAAUCGACGAAUCACGAAGUUCUUCGAGAAAGGCCUUGAUAAUGUUUGGGGUCCAACACAGACAUUGGUCGUCGACAACACCAGGGCCCAGUCUGCGGUGAGCAUCUCCGGGACAGCCGCUUUAUCGACUGGCUUUGAGUCAGAUUUUAUCGGCAACUUUAACAUCACCGCCACCGGCAUGAUCCUUGGUUGCAAUACAACUGGAACAACAACGACGCCGAUGCCUCCUUAUGGUUACUCGUACUACUCGCGGCAUUCUCGCCGCUUCCGACGUGCACGCUGCCCAAAGUGGUGUGCUGCAAAGUGGUGGUGGUACUGGAGAUGCCGGCACUGUGGGUUUUAG